AUGUAUGGAUAUGCUGCCACAUGCCGCAUUUUUCUACCUUUCAAAUUAAACUGAUACUCAAUCUACGCAAUCACCCAUAUAUAAGCCUUUUUCAUUAUUCCGUUUAAGUCUUCUGCUUCUUCUUCCAUAAUCUGCUGCAGCUUCUAACUAUGAGGAAAAAUUUCACUGUUUCGAUCAGGCAUUUUUUCGGUUCAUUGUGCUAGACGGUUCUAUGAGAAUCUUGUCCCAAGCUAUACGAUAUAUGAUGUUGAAUGCCCUGAUCAUUCAUUUCGUAAAUUCACUGAUGAUGGGCAAUACCUUAUUAGUUUCAGCAGAAAUCAGCAGUAUCUAAUUGUUUAUAGACCAACUUGGUUAUCGUUUUCAUGCAAAGAAGAAGAUUGUAUCACUCAUGAUCUUCCCCCUAAGGCAAAGAGGUUCGAGAGCUUCUUCACCCAGUUAUAUUCUGUAUCACUUGCUUCUUGCAAUGAACUUAUAUGUAAAGACUUCUUCCUCUACAUGGAAAGUAACCAAUUUGGUUUAUUUGCUACUUCUACGGCACAAAUUCAUGAUGCACCUGCUACUGGAGGUGCUGUUCAGGGGGUGCCAUUUAUAGAAAAAAUAACCUUUCAUCUCUUAAGGUUGGAAAAUGGGGUAAUAUUGGAUGAGAAGGUUUUCCAUAAUGAUUUUGUCAAUUUGGGCCACAACAUGAGUGUCUUCUUGUAUGAGGAUCUACUGGCAAUUGUGUCACUUCGCUAUCAGAUGAUACACAUCCUCCAAAUUAGGGAUUCAGGUCAUCUUGUUGAUGUACGAGCUAUUGGUACCUUCUGUCGUGAGGAUGACGAACUUUUUCUCAACUCCAAUACUCAGUUUAUGGUGGCGCCAGAGAGAAACAGGGUGCAGCAGUUUCCUGGGAACCGUGGGGAUCAUAUGGAGAAUGGCUUACGUAAUGACCAACCUAAUGCAGACAACUUAUUUCUUAGUGGCAUUAAACAACGACUACUUUCAUUUAUAUUCAGAGAGAUAUGGAAUGAAGAAACAGACCAGACCCUGGUAUCACGAAAUGCUGAUCAUCAUCCAGCAUUUUUUGCUGUAUAUAAUAUGGAGACAACUGAGAUUGUUGCAUUUUAUCAGAAUUCUGCAGAUGAGCUUUACCUCUUAUUUGAGCAGUACUGUGAUCACUUCCAUGCAGCAUCUGGAAAUUCCCUGCAUAUGCAUUUCAUAUCUACUCACUCAAAUAACGUUCAUGCUCUUGAGCAGCUGAGGUGCAUUAAGAACAAAGCUGGCAGCUUUACACAGUUUGUGAAGAAGAUUCUGGCAUCUUUGCCCUUCAGUUGCCAAUCACAGAGUCCAUCUCCUUACUUUGAUCAAUCUCUCUUUCGGUUUGAUGAAAAGGUAACCUGUGGAACACGAUAACAGCUGAAGAUACCAUCUUUGAGUUUCUGGCUAAAUGUCCGAGGAUAGCAGAAAAUAUUGCCUAAUUUUAUGAAAGUUGCCAGAUCUAGUUGAACUCAAAUUCAUCAAGUUUCUAGUUUAGUUAGACUAAAUUUACAUGGUAAAACCUGUGGAGUUUUUGUUAUUAGAGAUUGUUGAAAGGUGGAUCAUUUUUCACUAAGAACUGGGUUAUAAGAUACUGGGACUAACUAUUGAGCUGCUCGCCCUUUGCUGCAUUUUAUGCUGAAAGCUCUCCUUGGGUCUCCCAGGUAGAUCUGAGGGCAGUUAUCAUGUGAGCUAGUUCUACCAAACAAGACAUUUUAAAAUAUUGGUGGAUAUCAUUAAGCUCGGAAACAAGUUUGGGAUCAGUGAACUCCUCUGAGGCCAUCUUAUAGAAACUGAACGUAACUGUGGUACAAAGAAAAAUGUUAUCUUAUUACUUGAUUAACAUUUAUAUUGAUGAAACUAUUUUAUGAUUGAUGGUUCAAUUGAGCAGCAGUCUGGUAGGUUCAGUUUGGAUUUGUUGCAGACACCAUGAUAUCUAUUGAAGUUUGGUUAUUUUCAUGCCCUGCUGUUACAGUUGAUUUCUGCAUUGGACCGGCAUAGACAAUCAGCAGAUCAUCCUAUCAAGUUUAUUUUGAGAAGGCAACCACACACACUUAAAUUUAAGAUCAAGACAGGUAUAGAAUUUCAUUGAGGUAUACUCUAGCUGAAGUCGUUUCAUCUCUUAAUUGCUUAUAAACUUAAGGACAGUCAUUUUAUGGAAACAAAAAAAGGGAAACGCUUGGGGAAGGUCAUUUUUGGAUCGAUUAUUUUCAUUUAUUUCACAUCUAAUUGGUUAAUUUGUAUGAUUGUGAGAGCUUCUAAGUGAAUUGAGAUGGGUGAUUAUACUGUGGUGCAAAGUUGUGAACUGAUUGGCAUUAAUCAAGAUCUCUGGGUUUCCUUUAAAUAUAUAUUUUUU